UGGAAAUCCGGUCUGCGGAGCAGGUGCUCCCUCCCUCCCUGGGGUGCUGGCGGGCUGCUCACGGGUGGGGUGCCUCCGGUGCAGGCGUGUGAAGCUCUGCAGAGUGCACUAAAUAGAGGCCCUGAGGCUCCCCUGGAAAGGGUGCGCAUCUCCCAGGACACGUGCUGUCGCUUUCCACCCUUGGUGCAGCCCCUCGAGUUUGUAGGGCCUCUCCAGUUUUAGUACACCGCCCAGGUGAUCAUUUGGGCUCCAAGAAAAAAGCACCGUUCCAGUGCUGCCAGUAGGCUUGGGACAGCUCCCCAGUCCCCAGAGGUCCUGAAAUUCCGGUGGGCAGCUUUAAAGCUUCGAAUUACUGUGGAGAGGGGGUGUGUACCCCAUAAUUUUGGUUCCCAGGCCUCUGGUUGACACCAACUGUAGGCCUUGGGGUUGAAAAAAGAGUGCACUGCUAAAUCGAAGUCAAGAAAUACACUGAAUAUUGUCCCUUUAAGUACCAUGCUCUCCACGGAACCUGUGGCCGGGAAAAGCCAGUUUGCACAUGUGUGUUUGGUGUAGCAUCUUCAAUACAUUUUUAGCUGGCAUCUCACAGCCCAUGGUAUGGGUUUUCUGGAACAAUCGGGGAGGGAAACCAAUGCCCCAAAUAGAGGAUAGUUUGAUUAUCAUGUUUGACUUAAAUUUAAUAAGCAAAUCUAAUAGAGUGAUCUAUGUUAAUUUUACAGCCCGGUAAUCAUAAAUAUUUGAAUUGAAAUACUUAAUGAGAGUGUGAUGCUCAAAGAAAUGUGAAACCUUAUGUGGAAAUUAUAUUUAGCAGGAGACUUGUAAACAUUUAUGCACUGUUAUUAUUUGUUUAAAUAUAGGGAAGAAGAGAGGCAGCCCAGCCACUGCCAAACAGAUUUUAAGAUUCUAAGAAACUAUGGUAUAUUAGGUUUGUCCACCCAGAACUACUUACACCACAUGUUACUAAAGAAUGGUUUUACUGGUGAGUCCGGGAGAAGGACAAAGUACUUAUCUAUUAAGUGAAUGUGCUGUCCAACUGGCAGAUGACCUGGACAACAAUAAAGUAGCAAAAACAAUGCAUGCAACAAAAGAAAGAGGCAGCUGCAAAAUUAAUAAUCAGAACAACAGAUUAAGGAUAAAAUUACUUAUCUUUCCCCCGUAGCCCCUCGUUCCAGCAUUGUAGGCAGUGGCGUACAAAGAAACACCUCGAAAAUGGUGCUGGCACUGGGGAAGGAACGUUUGUGGAAAGUGCUCCCAGCUAGACUGUUCUUACAUUAUUGCAGGUUAAGACCAGCAUUUCCCACAUCUAAUGUCUGAUUCUCAGAACGCAGGAUUUAUCUUCCUCUGGUGACUGGGGUGCUUGCUGGCAGCGGGCUCUGUCAUCGCCAUGUCUCAGACCUGCGUUUUAGUUAGACAGGUGUUUUCAGCCAUUUAAGUAAUGCUGGGGAAGGAAGGAGGCUGGGGUGCUGAUAGGAAUUAGAAUUUGUAGGCCCCCCAGCCUUCCCCCCACCUCCAUGGUGCACUCGUAUCUCAGAGAGGCAGUGAGCGGGGUUUGUUCCAUGCAGGCACUUUCUCGGGGGGCUUUCUCAGCUUUUUGAGUCCCAGCACCAGGGUGGCUUUCCAAAGAAUCUCAGAAUCUUGAUGUAGCCCAUCCUCCUCAAUCUCACUGUGAUUGUUCAUAUUCCAAUUGUGAAUCGUCUGGAUGCAGCAGCAGCCCAUGAGAACAAUCGCUUGCGGCCACCAUCCUCCUCACUCCCAAGAGCUGCACGCCUCUCAGCUUCACAAUGUACCAUGAAACUCCUCAGCUUCUUGUGCUUGAUUCUCUGGAAGCACAGAAACAGAAUCAGGUUUAUUCAUUUGUUAGCGCAUUCUACUUUUCGGCUUAAUUGAGCUGAAAUCAUUUUAGUUCCAUUCAGAAGAACCUGCUGCUGGUGGAAUGCUUGGAUCUCUGAACAUUGCCCUUUCCACCAAGAGAGAAGAUACCCUGGCCAGCUCCUACAGAGCUAUUGUAAGGCUUGGAGGCAGGUGUGUGCAAAGUUUGGCUGGCUUUGUCACGCAACCAGAAGUGUGUGGUUGCCAGGACCAUCCUAUAAUCUAUCUGUGAAUGAUAACGAGAUUGAGACAGUCUCUGCUGCCCUAGCAUGAAUUGACCCAUGAAUUGCAAAAAAUUUAACAGGAGCAGGCGGGCUUCUUCUGACAUGCCUUUCCGCUUGUUAACAGCCUGUAGUCAUCUGGUUUGCAGAUAGUUCGCUUGACCUCUGAUUCCAGGCACUUUGGGUUGUUUAUUGGUUAAACAACCUAGGGUUCACCCAGCAACAACAAUGUUGGGGAAGACUAUCUUAAGAACCCUUAAGCAAUUUCGGCCUAUUUUAACAGCUCUGUUUUAUUCCCUUCUGGUUACAAUCCCUUGUGAUAAAAGUCCUUCCUUUUGAGAGGCUGUCUGCAAUGGUAUCGACAGCAUAGGACCUGCUGAGGUUUUUUUUUUUUUUAGACAUAGAGGGUUUAUUUGGGGGACAUGGGGUAAUGUUUUUGUAGUGGAAGCAGCGUUUUUUAUAAUGAUGAGAUCUAAUUGGGAACUCUGUUCAGCACUGUGCUGGUGAGUUCCAUUGACUGAAGCCUCAAAGUUUGUUGUUUUUAAAGAAACCUAGGUGGAAAUAACCCAAGCUGUCAAAAAAUGCACAGUUCAUAGUCUAUGCCAUUUUAUUUUUAUAUAUUUAUGUUUCAACUUAUUGCCUGCUACAUCAGCCUCUGAGCAGAUACUGUGACUCCAGUCAUGUUGAUAAAUGGAGAAUUACUUCCAGCAUCUGUAGAUGUUAGUCACUAAGAGAUACAUUAGAUCAGCAAUUUGGUAAGGAAUUGGUGGUGGGAAAAUUUGGUUUGGUUUUAUUUAUUGUUGUAAGCCUCCCCGAGGCUUCGGCGAAUGGGGCGGCAUAAAAAUGUUUUAAUAAAUAAAUAAAAUAAAUAAAAAAUGCUGCUGGGAAUCUUACAGAGAGAACUUAAACCCCCUCUCCCCCAUGGCUUCAGCUUCCUUAAAAGUAUAUGGUAUUCUAUAGGUAGGCUUUAUAAAUAAUUUUUGGAGAGUAAAGGAUGGAUUGCAGUAUAUGAAUACCUUGUCUGAAAUUCUGAAAAUUAUUUAAUAAUCAAAAUUCAAUUUUUCAGGAGGAUUUUUUUAAAAAAUGCUAUCAUUUCUGUUCUCUGGUGCAGGAUUUCACAUCACUAAUAUAGUUAAUCUAUUAACCCUAAACUGUGCUCAUAUACUUCAAGAGAAAAAAUCGCUUAUGGAAAGCCAAAUAUGCGUCCCAUAGGAUCCAGGUGGGAGGGAUCUUUAUUCUUCUGUGUGAGGGCUAUAAAGGAAAGCUCGGUUUGUGACUUGCGACCUUUCAGUUGUUACAUCUUUAGUAAAGUGUGUGUUCGACGUGUGACCCAGCUGCUAGAACGCUUUGCUUCUGAAAACCAGAUUCAGUUCCCAGGUUGGCAAAUAUAUUGAGGUUUUCUUGCAUCCUCUCGCUCACCGUGCUGGUCUUUGUAUUUUCCCCACAGACUUCAUGAAGAAAUAAUUGACUUUUAUGACUUCAUGUCCCCUCGGCCCGAAGAAGCAAUUAUGAGAAAAGAAGUGGUGAAAAGAAUAGAGACUGUCAUCAAAGAUCUUUGGCCUACCGCUGAUGUUCAGAUAUUUGGAAGUUUUAGUACAGGACUUUAUCUGCCAACCAGUGAUAUCGAUUUAGUGGUUUUUGGGAAAUGGGAGAGCCCCCCUUUGCAGCAGCUGGAGCAAGCCCUGCGGAAACACAACGUGGCUGAGCCAUAUUCCAUUAAAGUGCUUGACAAAGCGACGGUACCAAUAAUAAAGCUUACUGACCAGGAAACGGAAGUGAAAGUUGACAUCAGUUUUAAUGUGGAAACCGGCGUGAAGGCAGCUCAGUUUAUCAAAGACUACAUGAAGAAAUACUCGUUGCUGCCUUACUUGAUUUUAGUAUUAAAACAGUUCCUCCUUCAAAGGGAUUUGAAUGAAGUUUUUACUGGUGGAAUAAGCUCCUACAGCCUAAUUUUAAUGGCAAUUAGCUUCUUACAGUUGCACCCAAGAAUCGACGCUAGGAGGCUGGAUGAAAACCUCGGAAUGCUUCUAAUAGAAUUUUUUGAACUCUAUGGGAGAAAUUUUAAUUAUUUGAAAACUGGGAUUAGAAUAAAAAACGGUGGAGCCUAUAUUGCCAAAGAAGAAAUCAUGAGAGCCAUGACAAAUGGAUAUCGGCCGUCCAUGUUAUGCAUUGAGGAUCCUCUUCUGCCUGGCAACGAUGUUGGAAGAAGUUGUUACGGUGCCAUGCAGGUAAAGCAAGUUUUUGAUUACGCCUACAUUGUUCUGAGCCAUGCAGUAUCGCCGCUUGCAAGAUCCUACCCCAACAGAGAUACAGAAAGCACUUUAGGAAGAAUAAUAAAAGUGACACAGGAAGUGAUUGAUUACAGAGCUUGGAUUAAGAAGAAAUGGGGAAGUAACACCAACUUGUCUUCUGAUCUUGAUAUCCAGACAAAAGAGAGAGAACCAAUAUCUCCAUGCAGUGUAAUCCAGAAUGGAGAUGCUGAACUGCUGUACCACCAACCUUUAGCUUUGUCGUUUGCUGGUACACAGCAGUUGUCUUCGGGCUCCUCUGCCUCUUCAGUGUCGUCUCUUUCUGGCAGUGAUAUUGAUUCAGAUACUCCACCUUGUACAACUCCUAACGUGUACCACUUCAACCCGCAAACCCCAUCUCAGCUUUCAGCUGGUUCGCCACCAGUGCUGCCUGUGCCACGCGAGAAAGCUCAGCCCGUACCUGCAAGAACAUUGAUUAUGGCUACGAAUAAUCAGCCCAGUGGAAUGAGGUUGCCCAUGAAAGGGGCCCAUCCUCACAAUCAAGGCAGCGGAUGCGGUUGUGCCAGUAAUGGAGCCGCGAGGCAGCCCGCCGGCAACAGGGGGUACCACCCGCACAGCCGCAACAUCUGGAGAAGAAAGAAGUACAGGGACAGUUUCCCCAUUAGCCUUAGCAGAUAAUGGCCGGCGUCAAGACGUCCCCUUGAGCCCGAGGCGGCGUGCGCGAGACGGGUCUGCUGGGACUUGAGGCCAGCACCUGAACGCGGCGGCUUGUGGAUGUUGCCAGAGAUCUGCACCCAACCUUUGCAUGUUUCUUUGUGUGGUGGUGGAGUCCAUCUUAGAAGAAAUAAUUGUGCUUAUCUGUGAAGCCUUAUUCAAUGUGGAAGUUUGUCUUCUGCCUAUCCAUGAUUACUACAGUGCCGAAGCAGCUCUGGCAGGAAUGCGGCAAGGACCAUAAAGGCUGUGGGUCUUGGCCAUAGCUGCGUUUGUUUAUUGGGGGUUUGUUUUCGUCAGGAAAGUACUGAUGGUUUGGACUUUCCUUUCUGUUGUAGCCAGUCUUCGUGACUUUGCUCACUGCCUUCCCAUUUCUUGUUUAAACCUUUGUGUUGCCCCACUCAUACCGAACAUAACUUUUGUGCAAUAACUCGGAAUGUUUUUAUCAUAUUUCCUUGUAAGUUGUAUUUAAGGGAUGGGAGGGUAUGUGUAUUUUUGUUUUGUUUUUUGGCUUUUACCAGUCCUUUCCCAGGUUGCAUUUUCUAAGUUGGGUUCAUGAUUCUGGUGGGUUAUCUGAGCUAAGUAUUCCACUCAUCACAUCGGUAAUAUUGGAGGCUUCUUAAUUCGCACGGGAACUGCUGAUCUGGCUCACGAGUUUAUAGGAAGUAUGGAGCUACAAGGCAUUUUUACCCUUCCAUUUAGCUCAUUAGUCGGCAUGCACACUAAUCUAAAUGUAGCUAAUGGGUUAGGGCACAAUCCAUGCUCUUGUGCGGCUCACCUUCAUCUCAGUGGAGAUCAUGCAGAGAAUUCGAAACCUUCAAUGUAUUCAUUAGGGCUGGAUGAAUAUCAGAGUAGCAAUCCAGUCUUCUAGGGCAAACAUGAAUAACUUCGACUUCUAAACUGCAAACUACAGAUGCUUUUCGUCGGUUUUAUUUACCCUCUGGUUGGGUCCAAGCCCUGUUGCUGAACGACGUAUCCAACUUAAGGAAUGUGGAGAAAGGAAUGUAUAUUGAUUCCAUUCAGGAAUCUGAUUACAGCGUGCAUUAGUUCUGUUUAGAGCAACUACCUGAAAUGUACCUUCUGGCUUCUCUAUGCUUUUUUUAAAGUAUCGGUCUGUUGUCCUGCAAAAGAGCACAGUCCAGUGCUGCCCACAGUCCAUGGGGCAGGCAGUUGCUUUAACGAUGCUUACAGGUACUAUGCAAGUGUAUCUCACCAUGGCAGUCCCUGUUAACUUUUCUAAAGCGAGAAAUAUGCAUCCUGCCAAGCCCUGGGUUUUUAAAAAGCGCCACGCUCUCAUCGCCACCGGCUGCAUUGUCCCUGUUUUCUCCCCCUCCCCUUUUUUUAAAUGAGCCUUCUUAAAUCCUCAAAGCACUAUGUUAGUAGUUCUGCUUGCAGAGGGAACUGAGAAGCGAACAUAUUGCUGUGACAGCUCCGUGAUACAGAGAAGUGAAUGUUCCUAAAACUGGUAUUUGACUGUUUGACACAGAAUGAUCCUUCGAAUUGUGAGCUUUAGUAUCUGCAGCGAUGCCUUGGAAGCUGUAGGGGAACAUAAAAAAGGAGGCGGUCGAGAUGAACGCAAGGCCUUCGGGUAGUGAGGAAAGAGUGCAGUCUUCCGAUGUUGAGUAGCACACCUUCUGUCUUCAGGUGUUGAUCUAGUGUGAACCCCAAUUAAAACUUUUAGUUUUUUAUUGAUUGAUACAAUAUUAUUGAUCAUAAGCUACUCAGAAAGAUGGGUGUGGCUGACUGUACCAGUGUCUGUUGGGGAAGAUAGGCAACGUUGGCAAGUCAAGGGCAGACGCGAAUACAGCGGAGGCUUUGCAAAGGCACGUGGUGAGAACCGGACAUCCUGCAGAUACGGAUUCCUCCAGAAGUAAUGCAUCCAGUCUGGGACCAGGGAUCCUCACGUAAGCCUCAGCUUUUUUGCCUCCUCCCACGGUAGCCGGCUCAGCCCCACUCCAAAGCUUUGUAUGUUUGUCCUCCCCAAAGUAGAAUUUGCUGCAUUUCAGACCAGAAGAUUUUGCAUCCCCUCUCGCACCCACGCUCCUUGGGUCCUGUCCCUGAAUGAUAAUAGCUGUUACUCCAGGUCAGUGAUGAAUUUACAGUUAAUAAGUAAAUAGCAAUCGGGUUUUGAAUUUGCAAAAUCUCAGCCCUGCUUGAUACUGCAUCUGUAUCUUUGCUUUGUCUAUUUUUUUAACCCUGUGAAAAGUUUUUAAAUAGAUGCUGGUACAAUAAGGGAUCUAAACUUGAAUAAACCAAUGUUCAAGGGCUGAUUAUUGACCUACGUUCAUUCUUACUUGCUAGCAAUAUUGAUUAUGAACCUACAUUAUGGAAACCUCAGUGUCCUAAACGGUGUCCGUGUAAAUGCAGGAUAGGCUAAAGAGAAGCAGAGAUCACGUUCCAUUUCAGUCAUGGUGAACCAGUUAAUUGCACUGGCUUCCACUCCGGUUAUGUUCUGUGCCGCUGUGGGUAGCCGAUUAAGAUAUCAUGUUCAGAUUCUUUUUGUGUGUAUAACAAUGUGGGAAGCUAAAAUACAUAUUUUUAUGUGAAGUUUUGUAUUCUUUGAUUUUUAAUAAAUUUUCAAGGCCAGAU